UCUCUCUUCUUCAUAACCACAAGGCGAGGCCCUCCACUGCCUCCCCACCACCACCACCACCUCGGCCCCCCUACCAAAACCCUAACGGCCUCCCCAGCCGGCCGAUCAGAUCGUCAGAUUCUGUGUUUUCCGGUGGCUAUGGCUUCUUCUUCUUCCAGGGAUGUGGAUCGGAUCAAGGGGCCGUGGAGCCCGGAGGAGGACGAGGCCCUGCAGCGGCUGGUGCAGACCUACGGCCCGAGGAACUGGUCUCUCAUUAGCAAGUCGAUCCCCGGGCGGUCGGGGAAGUCCUGCCGACUCCGGUGGUGCAACCAGCUCUCCCCCCAGGUGGAGCACCGCCCCUUCACGGCGGAGGAGGAUGAUACCAUUAUCCGCGCCCACGCUAAGUUUGGUAACAAGUGGGCUACCAUCGCCCGCCUCCUCAACGGCCGCACCGACAACGCCGUCAAGAACCACUGGAACUCCACCCUCAAGAGGAAGUGCGCGUCCUCCCUUGGCGAGGACUCUAAUGGUGGCUACGACGGGGACCUGCCCCAGCAGCCCCUGAAGCGCUCCGCCAGCCUCGGCGCCGGCACUGUCGUCUCGGAUCUGUUCCCCAACCCGAGCAGCCCUUCCGGAUCCGACCUCAGCGACUCGGGUCUGGGUAUCUCCUCCUCGAACCAUGUCUUCCGCCCCGUGGCCAGAAACGGGUCGAUCAUCCCGCACGGUCCCGCCCCGACCCACCCCAUGGAGGUCUCCGCGCCGUCUGUGGUCGUCGACCCACCAACCUCCCUCAGCCUCUCCCUGCCCGGAUCCGAGCCCAGCGAAGGCUUGGCGCGCACGUCAUCCGGGACGGGAUCCGACCCGGGUGCAGAGCCGACCCGGGCCGCGCCGGAGCGGGCGGGGCAUAGGUACAGCGAGUCAGCAGACGGGUUCGAGAAGCAGUUCUUCAGCGCGGAGUUCAUGGCCGUGAUGCAGGAGAUGAUAAGGAAGGAGGUUAGGAGCUACAUGAGUGGGGUCCAGCAGCAGAUCGGAGCCGGCGCCGGCGGCGGGCUCUGCUUCCAGAACGACUCUGUCAGGAACGCUGCAGUGAAGCGGAUUGGGAUUAGCAGGAUCGAUUAGGGUUUAAUUUAGGCACCAUGUCGGAGAGAUCAUCAGCCCCAUAUGAUCGCGGAGAACACCGACCGAGGUUGAGCUGAGCCAAGCUGAGUUGACUUGACUCACUGGAAUGAGAGAAAUCCGCAAGUGCGAGAGAGAGAGCUCAGGGGAAGAACAAUGGAAGCAAAGGAACCCUAAAAAAAAAAAAAAACAUAAAAAUGGAGAAAAAUGGAAUGCCCUGUUUAGUCCUCUGUUGUUUUUUUUUUUUUAAUUUUAUAUAAUUUCAAGAAAAUGGUGGCAAUAAUUUUGGUAGUGUACAUAACGGAGGGCCAAAACAAAAAUGGGAAGGUUUUGUUUUGUGAGGGUGAGAGGCAGACGGGACCAGACCGGAUCGGAGGAACUAUCAGCGGAGACUCAGAAAAAAAUUAGAAUAAUUUCCAAUCAGAAAAUCUUCUUCUUCCUUAUAUAUAUAUAUUUCUUUCUCUGGCAUUCUCAUGGCCGACUGAA